AUCAAGCAACUGCAUGAACUAAAAACCAAUUGACUGUGCCACCUGAAUCGUGUAACCAACAAAAGUUCUUGCUGUAUUCGAUUUUUUUUUUCAGAGUUUCCUUUUUACCAAUUUCCAAGAGAAUUUAAUCAAAAAGAAAAAAAACUUGAAGAUUGUUCGAGUGUGCGGAGAACAUUGAGUGCGGUUCACCUGCUGGCUGCAUUUUAAAUAAACGAGGCAAGCAAUCAGCUAAAAAAAAACGAAAAUAGAGAGAGAGAAAAAUAUAACAAACAGAGGGAGAAAGGUCCCUGGACAAGAUGUCGCAACAUUUCACAUCGAUAUUUGAGAACCUGCGUUUUGCGGCCAUCAAACGUACGACAAAUGCACAACAGCAGCAGCAGCAACAACAACAACAGCAGCAGCAACAAAAAACAGCCACGCCCCCACAACCAACUACUCCAGAACAAAGUAGAACAAAAAUCAAAAAUGCUCAAACAACGCCAACAGUAAAUGGCAAUGGACUCUUGAGCAAAAAUCUUGACGGCACAGUCGACUCAUCCUCCAGUCAUGAAGUGGACACAACCUCAACCACAGCGGUCGCGGCAACAACAGCAGCAGCAGCAACAGCAUCAGGAGGAGUACCAAUUGGGAUAGGUGGCGGUGGCAGUGGUGGCGGCGGCGGCACGCCAAUGAAACACCACAAGCGUGCCAGCAUCUCAACAGCUUCGACACCCGUACGCGAACGACGUGGCACCAACACAAGCAUCGUUGUGGAACUAGAUGGCAGUAGCACCAGUGGCGGGGGACAGCAAGCUGCUUUUGCCUCAGGCAGUGGCACAGCAUCCGGUAAAAGUUCUCGCGAACUUUCGCCUUCGCCAAAAAACCAACAGCCAAGAAAAAUGUCACAGGAUUACCGUUCGCGUGCCGGCAGUUUCAUGCACUUGGACGACGAGGGACGGAGCUUAUUAAUCCGCAAACCCAUGCGCUUGAAGAACAUUGAGGGUAGACCCGAAGUAUAUGACACGAUGCAUUGCAAAGGUGGCGAGGUCUUAAGCUGUUCGAAGGCCACCUGUACAAGCAGCAUAAUGAACUUUGGCACUGCCCCAGUGGAAGCACGUAAAACCGAUUUAGUCCUGGAACAUGCCAAGGACUUUCUGGAUCAGUAUUUUUCAUCUAUUAAACGCUCCUCGUCGACUGCUCAUGAAACCCGCUGGAAACAGGUGCGCCAAAGCAUAGAAACCACAGGACAUUAUCAGUUGACCGAAACGGAGCUAAUUUAUGGUGCCAAAUUAGCAUGGCGCAAUUCCUCACGUUGCAUUGGACGGAUUCAAUGGUCAAAGUUGCAGGUUUUUGAUUGUCGUUAUGUGACUACCACAAGUGGCAUGUUUGAGGCAAUUUGCAAUCACAUUAAAUAUGCAACCAAUAAAGGCAAUUUGAGAUCGGCCAUCACCAUAUUUCCACAACGCACAGAUGCCCGUCAUGAUUAUCGCAUUUGGAAUAGUCAACUUAUAUCCUAUGCGGGCUAUAAGCAAGCUGAUGGCAAAGUUAUUGGUGAUCCCAUGAAUGUGGAGUUUACAGAGGUCUGCGCCAAAUUGGGCUGGAAGAGCAAAGGCACUGAAUGGGAUAUAUUACCAUUGGUGGUCUCGGCCAAUGGUCAUGAUCCGGACUAUUUUGAUUAUCCACCAGAAUUGAUAUUGGAAGUGCCGCUGACUCAUCCCAAAUUCGAGUGGUUUACGGAUUUGAGUUUACGUUGGUACGCUCUACCCGCAGUGUCCAAUAUGCUGUUCGAUGUGGGCGGCAUACAGUUUACGGCUACCACAUUCAGCGGUUGGUACAUGUCAACGGAGAUUGGCUGUCGGAAUUUAUGCGAUACAAAUCGCCGCAAUAUGUUGGAGACUGUUGCACUGAAAAUGAAUUUGGAUACAAGGACACCGACAUCACUGUGGAAGGAUAAGACCGUUGUCGAGAUGAAUAUUGCCGUAUUGCAUUCGUUUCAGAGUCGUAAUGUCACAAUUGUGGAUCAUCACACGGCCAGUGAAAGUUUUAUGAAACAUUUCGAAAAUGAAUCCAAACUCAGAAAUGGAUGCCCAGCGGAUUGGAUAUGGAUUGUGCCACCGCUUUCUGGCUCUAUUACGCCCGUAUUCCAUCAGGAAAUGGCUUUGUAUUAUUUGAAGCCUUCGUUUGAAUACCAGGAUCCAGCUUGGCGUACGCACAUUUGGAAGAAAGGACGCGGCGAGAGCAAAGGCAAAAAGCCAAGACGUAAAUUCAAUUUUAAACAAAUCGCUAGGGCUGUGAAAUUUACAUCGAAAUUAUUCGGAAGAGCCUUGUCAAAACGCAUCAAGGCCACUGUAUUAUAUGCCACAGAGACUGGCAAAUCGGAGCAAUAUGCUAAGCAAUUGUGUGAGCUGCUAGGACAUGCAUUCAAUGCUCAGAUAUAUUGCAUGUCUGACUACGAUAUAUCGUCAAUUGAGCAUGAGGCAUUGCUAAUUGUUGUGGCCUCCACUUUUGGCAAUGGCGAUCCACCUGAGAAUGGCGAACUCUUCUCACAGGAUUUGUAUGCCAUGCGUGUACAGGAAUCGGGAGAGCAUGGCUUACAGGAUUCUAGCAUGGGCGUGACAUCAUCCAAAUCCUUUAUGAAGGCCAGCUCCAGGCAGGAUUUCAUGAAGCUGCCUCUGCAACAGGUGAAGAAAAUCGAUCGAUGGGAUUCGCUACGUGGUUCCACAUCAGACACCUUUACGGAUGAGACUUUUGGUCCUCUGUCGAAUGUUCGAUUUGCCGUGUUUGCUUUAGGCUCAUCAGCAUACCCGAAUUUCUGUGCUUUUGGCCAAUAUGUGGACAAUAUUUUGGGUGAAUUGGGCGGUGAGAGACUUUUGAAGAUUGCCCAUGGUGAUGAGAUGUGCGGCCAAGAGCAAUCAUUUAGAAAAUGGGCACCGGAGGUCUUCAAGCUCGCUUGUGAAACCUUUUGCUUGGAUCCGGAAGAAAGUCUCUCGGAUGCCUCACUGGCUCUGCAAAACGAAUCUCUGACCGUCAACACUGUGCGCCUAGUGCCCUCGGUUAGCAAGGUGAGCUUGGACACAGCCCUCUCCAAGUAUCACAACAAGAAGGUGCAUUGUUGCAAGAUCAAGGCUCAGCCACACAAUUUGACCAAGUUGAGUGAGGGAUCCAAAACUACAAUGUUACUAGAAAUCUGUGCUCCUGGAUUGGACUAUGAGCCCGGCGAUCAUGUUGGCAUAUUUCCAGCAAAUCGAAAGGAAAUUGUCGAUGGUCUACUCGAUCGUUUGGUGGGCGUGGAGAAUCCCGACGAAGUUCUGCAAUUGCAACUGCUUAAGGAGAAGCAGACUUCGAAUGGCAUAUUCAAGUGUUGGGAACAACAUGACAAGGUACCAGCAGAUACUUUAAGAAAUCUUUUAGGAAGAUUUUUCGAUCUAACGACACCACCAUCGAGGCAAUUGCUUACCCUAUUGGCUGGCUUCUGCGAUGACAAUGUGGAUAAGGAGAGGCUCGAGUUGCUGGCAAAUGACUCAUCGGCCUAUGAAGAUUGGCGACAUUGGCGUAUUCCACAUUUGCUCGAUAUAUUCGAGGAGUUCCCGUCAUGUCGACCCCCAGCAUCUUUACUAGUGGCACAUCUAACCCCCUUGCAGCCCCGAUUCUAUUCGAUUUCGUCAUCACCACGAAAGGUGAGCGACGAAAUCCAUUUGACGGUGGCCAUUGUAAAAUAUCGCUCCGAGGAUGGCCAAGGUGAUGAGCGUUAUGGAGUUUGCUCCAAUUAUCUGGCUGGUCUCACAGGCGACAAUGAGGUCUUUAUCUUUGUGCGUAAUGCGGUGGGCUUCCAUUUGCCCGCUGACAAAAGUCGUCCAGUGAUUCUAAUUGGACCAGGCACUGGUAUUGCUCCAUUCAGAUCAUUCUGGCAGGAAUUCCAGGUUCAACGUGAAGUGGAUGCUGCAGCACCGUUGCCAAAGGUAUGGCUCUUCUUUGGUUGUCGCAAUCGCGAUGUGGAUCUGUAUGCCGAGGAGAAGGCCCAGUUACAGAAGGAGCAAAUAUUGGAUAGAGUAUUUUUGGCAUUAUCACGUGAGCCAGAUAUUCCCAAGACGUAUGUACAGGAUCUGAUUGAACAGGAAUUUGAUUCGUUGUACAAUUUGAUUGUACAGGAAAGGGGGCAUGUCUAUGUCUGCGGCGAUGUCACAAUGGCCGAGCAUGUGUACCAGACCAUCAGAAAGUGCAUUGCUGGCAAGGAGCAGAAAACUGAAGCGGAAGUUGAGACAUUUUUGCUAACAUUACGCGAUGAGAAUCGCUAUCAUGAGGAUAUAUUCGGCAUCACAUUGCGAACAGCGGAAAUACACACCAAAUCCAGAGCCACAGCCAGAAUACGCAUGGCAUCGCAGCCGUAAAAGAUGAAGAAGACCACAUACAACCACAUUUGAUGAAGACCUUUUUAAUGAACAAAUAUAUAUUUUAUUCCAACACUCUUUUUGGUAAUAUUGCAUAAGUUUUUGUGGAUUAAGCCUAUUCAAUGGGUAACUCGCUUUGAGGUGUUCCGUUUUAAAAGUGAUUUAAAAUACAUUAAAGUGAUUUUGAUGGCCAAGUGUGAAGUUGGCUUUCCUUGAAACAUUAAAUUAUGUUGUUCGGGAAACAAUAACUUCAGAUAACUCUUCUGAACGUCUCUGUAAAUCAAAGAUUAUGCUUUUUUGGGUAGUUAUUUGAUCUAUUUUAAAUACUCCUGCCUCCAAAAAUACUUAUCUUUACGUAUUUUAGCUCACUUUUAAUUUAUAUAACCCUAAACAUUACA